AUGUGCCAGGAACAGGAGCAAACACUUGCUCAGGUGAAGGACUCGCAUGAAUCAGCCAUGAAUGUGAAUGAAGACACUGUUUCCAGGAGGCUUGGAGCCACUAACAAAAUCUGUUUGUAUUUCAUCAUCGCCACCCUGGCUGUGUUGCUCGUCUUUGCCUUGGCCACCAUCAUGGUCCUGGUCGUCCAGAGAACAGUAGCUGAUCCUGCCAUGGAGGGCAUCAAAAAACCCAUCAGGACAGGUAACAACUUGGAAGACUAUUUGAGGAUCCUACAGAGAGUCCCAGGCAAGAGAGCUGUUGCCUACAUGAGAGUGUCCAGCACAGUGAACAGCUCCAGGCUGAGCCUGGUGGAGAAGGAGUCCUGUGAGGCCAUCAAGUGCCAGAGCCAGGAGCUGGUGAUCAGGGAACAAGGCCUCUACUUGAUCUUCUGCAACCUGAACUUUCACUUUCCCAACUGCUCCAAGAGCCCCAUCGACCUCAAGAUUGAGCUCCUGGUGAACGACAGGGUGGACAGGCAGACGUUGUCCACGUUUUGUGCGUCGGAAACAUGCCAAGACAAGACUUUUAAGACCUUGCUCCAUCUGCACUUGACACACCUGAAGGAGAACGACAAAAUAUCAGUAACACUGAACCAUCCUGAAUUCCUGAAUGACAUUUCUCUUCCCAAUGAAAAUGUUCUCGGGGUCUUGAGGUACGGCAAUGGAACAGCAGCUCCCUGACCUCCCACUGCUGCCCAAACCCCUUCUCUGAACACCAGCAGCCUGCUUUAACUAGGCACCACCUUGGUUUAAAUUUCACACCUCACCUCAUCCCUAGGGUGAACAAGGAACUUUGUGAGUGUCCCAGAAAAAAAACACUGCAAGAGCCAGAGCUGCCAGGUUCCCUGGGCUGGCUCCAGGUGGGAUUGUUGGACUAUCCAGCACAUAACCCACCAAGU